AUGACCCAGAUGGGAGUGAGGUUUAGGGAGGGUGAGUAUAAUGUAGUCCAGCUAAAGCAAUUACAAAGGUGUUGCAGCUUUAUUGAUCAAAAUUCAUUGUAUGUUUUUCAGAGACGUGAUGGCAGUGUUGACUUCAACAAAAAAUGGAUUCAGUAUAAGGAAGGUUUUGGGUACCUCUCACCAGAUGACAGAACAGAGUUCUGGCUGGGGAAUGAGAAGAUUUAUCUGCUGUCUGUUCAGUCAAGUGUGCCUUAUGUACUGAGAAUUGAGAUGGUCGAUUGGGAUGGCAACAAAAAGAAUGCCGACUACGCCACUUUCAAACUUGGACCAGAAAUUGAUUCGUACCGUUUGACCUAUUUAGAUAACUUUGGUAGAGAUGCUGGUGAUGCCUUUGAUGGUUAUGACUUUGGUGAUGAUCCCAGUGACAAAUUCUACACAUCUCACAAUGGCAUGCAGUUCAGUACACCUGACAAAGACAACGAAAACUUUGCCUUUCAGGAAGGGUCUGGCUGGUGGAUGAACCGCUGCCAUGCUGCUCAUCUCAAUGGAAAAUACUACCAGGGUGGCAAGUACACAGAGAAGGACACACAGAAUGGAUAUGACAAUGGCAUUAUCUGGGCCACAUGGCACAGUCGCUGGAAUUCUCUGAAGGAGACCACCAUGAAGAUCUUUCCGAUCAACAGAAUCUCAACCGAUGGUCAACAUAGUGGUGCCAAGCAGUUUGGAGGCCUGGGAGACAUAUAAAGACCUCACCAAAGC